AUGACGGCAUAUUCUCCGGCGACAGUUUAUUCCGUGGCGAGUGUAGAAUAUGCCGUCUAUUUGGACAUGACAGCUACCUUGUUCUUCACUCUUUUUUUCUUCCCCUUCUUCGAUCGUCGGCGCGGCACCGCAUUCGCUGCUAGAUCUCACGGGAAGAAUCCGAGCUCCGCGAAUCCCCCACGCAUCUCUCGAAUUCUUGGAAGGAUUUUGGCGGAGCGAUGCGCGUGUAGGGGGAGGGCAAUGCGGUGGAGCGCGAUCCAGCUGGUGAUGGCGCUCGCGCUGCUGUCCACGCGCUGCGAUGCGCUCGUCCAGGAUGAGAGGAUCUCGGUGGGAUUGAUCAGGAGGCCGGUGGCGUGCGUGUGCGCCGAUUCCUCGCGCGCGCCGGUGUGUGGAAUCGAUGGCCACACCUACACCAGCGCUUGCGUGGCAGCGUGCCGGGGCGUGGAGGUGAGAUCGCGCGGCUCUUGCAUUGGAAUUCUUGGGAGAAAGAGGCCGAGGAGUUCUCACUCGUGAGUUAAGAGAGAAGAAAAAUUCCUUUCUUUCUCUCUCUUGCGUAGGGUCGAAUCUCGUGAGUUAAGAGAGGAGAAGAAAAAAUUCUCUUUCUUUCUUUCCUCUCUCUCUCUCUCUCUUGCGUAGAGUCGCAUCUCGCGACCAUUUUGAGGGUUCCACGCUUUCUCCUGUCGCUUUGGAAAAGCGCGGAAGAGAAAGGAAAACUUUGUUCCUUGCGAUCUCGAUAAUCAAGCAUCUUUCUUCCA